AGCACCUGCGUACUUUUUCCUCUUUUCUUACUAUUUUAUUGUGGCAGAAACGUGUGUGAGGGAGCAGCUGCGCGCGUAAACUGGUUGACUUUUGUCUUUGUUGGCGCUUCGCCCCACCCCCUUUUUCCUGUGUGUCCUCGCUGUGGCGGAAGUAAGUUGUGUCGCCGAGGCCUCGUUCUUCCAAUGGCGACUGAAGCAGGCUGAACAGAAAGCGGGAGCAACCGAGGAGGGGGUCAGAGCCGUGAAGCUGGAAUUAAAUAAAUAUAUCCUAUUCUCUGUAGUCACAAAGUUAGCCUAACAGUUGUUCCGCGUCACCAAAAUCACGGUCGAGUCGAUGGCCAAAAAUCGGAACGUAUUGCUCCUUGAGUCGGAGCUCUAUUACUUGAUUUCUCGUUUUCUAACAACGGGUCCAUGUCGGAGAGCGGCUGAGGUCCUGGCGAGCGAACUAGAACAAUAUCAGCUUUUACCCAGGAGAUUGGACUGGCAGGGAAACGAGCACCCGAGAUCGUAUAAAGAUGUGGUUGCAUCCAACACACACAUUGCCCCAGACCAUUUGCUACAGAUAUGUAAGCAGAUUGGACCACUUCUUGACAGAGAGGUGCCAUCAUGUGUCCCAGGCGUACAUUCCCUCCUGGGGUCUGGAAAGCAGUCGAUGCUUAGAACCGCAAAAGACUGCAACAGUGUGCAGUUUACGUCUUCUUCAUAUGCAGCCCUUCACAGGGGCAGACCACCAGAGAGGCCUUUAAACUGCAGGAGGCUGCUACAUUUAGUGAAGGUCCACAGAGCACGAGAGCUGACGGGAGUUCAACGCUUUAGCGCCAUCAGUCCUGUAGGCAACUAUGAGUGUAUGCGGCUGCACAGGCGGAUUCUUGGGCAUCUGUCUGCAGUUUACUGCAUCGCGUUUGAUCGCACUGGUCUCAGGAUCUUCACGGGCUCUGAUGACUGUUUGGUGAAGAUUUGGUCUUCAUUUGAUGGAAGGCUUCAUUCAACAUUGCGAGGACACUCUGCAGAAAUCACAGACUUGGCAGUUAAUUACGAGAACACACUAAUUGCAGCAGGAAGCUGUGAUAAGACCAUUCGUGUAUGGUGCCUUCGUACCUGUGCGCCUGUAGCUGUGCUGCAGGGACACAGUGGAUCCAUUACCUCCCUACAGUUCUCACCACUCGUCAAGGGCUCAAAACGCUACAUGCUAUCUACUGCAACUGAUGCUACUGUCUGCUUCUGGCAGUGGGAUGUCAACAACAUAAGCUUUAGUGAUCGCCCACACAAGUUUACGGAACGACCAAGACCAGGUGUUCAGACUGUGUGCUCCUCAUUUAGUUCAGGUGGAAUGUUCCUAACAACAGGAAGUACUGAUGAUGUCAUCAGAAUAUAUUACUUGGGAAGUGGAACGCCGGAAAAGAUAUCAGAGCUCCAUGAACACACAGACAAGGUUGAUAGCAUCCAGUUUUGCCACUCAGGUGAAAGGUUUGUUAGUGGAAGUCGUGAUGGAACAGCACGGAUCUGGAAGCUCCAUCAGCGGCAGCAGUGGAGGUGCAUCUUGCUCAACAUGUCUGCCACUCUUCCGGGAGCUGAAGCAAUUAAUGAAGAGGAAAGCCACUUCAAACCCAAAGUCACCAUGGUUGCAUGGGAUCGCCAUGACAACACAGUCAUUACAGCCGUUAACAACCAUCUCCUCAAAGUGUGGAACUCCUACACAGGCCAGCUGCUACAUAUCCUUCAAGGCCAUGAAGCUGAGGUGUUCGUGUUGGAACCACAUCCAUUUGACCCCAGGAUCAUCCUGUCUGCUGGCCAUGAUGGGAAUGUCUUCAUAUGGGACCUGCUGCAGGGGACAAACACGAAGCACUACUUUAACAUGAUUGAAGGCCAAGGACAUGGUGCAGUUUUCGACUGUAAAUUUACCCCGGAUGGCCAACGUUUUGCUUGCACAGACUCCCAUGGUCAUCUGCUCAUUUUUGGUUUUGGCAGUUCAAAGCCUUAUGAGAUGCUUCCAGAGCAGGUCUUCUUCCACACAGACUACCGGCCUCUGAUCCGAGAUGCCAAUGGCUUUGUACUGGAUGAACAAACCCAGCAGGCACCUCAUCUCAUGCCCCCACCUUUCUUGGUGGAUGUGGAUGGGAACCCUCAUCCGCCGAGAUACCAACGUCUUGUCCCUGGGAGGGAGAACAUUGCAGCUGAGCAUCUGGUUCCUCAGCUGGGAUAUGUUGCUACCAGUGACGGUGAAGUUGUAGAGCAAGUGAUUAGUCAGCAGACGGCUGAGCACGAGGAGGAAGCUGCAUUGGACGCUAGCAGCAUUCUGGACGAAGCCAUCCGACAGCUCCAGGAGCAACGGGACCGGUCAUCCCAGGCUCCUCCAGAGUAUGUGCAGGCAGCUGGAGCAGGACCCAGAAUGCAGGCUGAGGUCCAGGGCCGUGCCUCUGCCCUGGCACCAGCACCAACCACACCGCGCAGAGUGUCUCUAAAUGAUCGAGCGGAUAUGCAGUCAUCCCCCAAUGUGGGUUUACGCCGCAGUGGACAGGUGGAAGGUGUACGGCAGAUGCAUCAGAACGCUCCUCGCAGCCAAAUGGCCACUGAGAGGGACCUGCAGGCCUGGAGACAUCGGGUUGUGGUGCCUGAACUCCCACUCAGCACCUACAGGGACCAGGAGGGCAUCCGGAGGGCCAGAGGAGAGGAGGAGAUCACGUCGUACAGUACAAAGAAGAGACAUACUGCCUACACCAGUUUUCAAGAUGAUUCAGAUGAUGAGCCUUCUCAUGGGAGACGAGCACGCGUCCGCAAGGAAACACUUGAAUACAUUGACAUGUCCUGUGAAGAGGGAGAAGAGACUGCAGUCUCAGAGUUGCACUCUGAGGAAAAUGAAUUAGAUGGCAGUGAACUGGACUCCUCCAAUGAUGAAGAGGAAUGGAAAAGUGACAGCUCAAGCCAUACAUCCAGUGAGUACUCUGACUGGACGGCAGAUGCUGGUAUCAACCUUCAGCCCUCCACCCCCUUGUCUUCACCGGAAACGACACGGUUGCGAAUCAGCAGCACUGAAGAGGAGGAGGAGGAGGAAGAAGAGAAUGAGGAAGAAGAGGAGAAGCAGCAGCAGAGUGAUGAGGAGCAACAACAACCUGCAAAGAAAAGUGCAGAGAAGAUAAGAAAGCACAAGAGCAGGACUCCAAAGCGGCCUAAGAUGAGGCCAUCUAUUAACAGAGAAGUGUCCAGUGAGUUCAGACCCUCUCUAUGGAUCAUGAUGUCAUUUCCCAGGAAGACUCCUUUUGUUCCUCAAAUGGGUGAUGAGGUGAUCUACUUCCGGCAAGGUCACGAAGCUUAUGUUGAGGCAGUGAAAAGAGGUGACCUAUAUCCCAUCAACUUGGACAAACAACCCUGGAAGAAGCUGGAGUUACGGGACCAAGAGUUUGUAAAGAUCACUGGGAAAUAUGAAGUCUGUCCUCCAACACUUUGCUGUCUGAAGCUGACUCUAAUUGAUCAUGGAACUGGCAAAAUUACAGACACAUCGUUUUCUGUAAAGUAUCAUGAUAUGCCAGAUGUGAUUGAUUUCCUGGUGUUGAGGCAAUCCUAUGAUGAGGCAAUAAAGAGAAACUGGCAACCAAAUGACCGGUUCCGCUCUGUGAUAGACGAUGCAUGGUGGUUUGGGACCAUUGUCUGUCAGGAGCCCUAUCAGCGUGAAUAUCCUGACAGUCUCUUCCAGUGCUUCAAAGUCAGCUGGGACAAUGGAGAGCACGAGAAACUCAGUUCUUGGGAUGUGGAACCCAUUCCAGAUGAUGCCCAGCAGCCAGAAACCGUAGGAGGCAUUUCUGUGACAGCAGAGGAGAUGAAGGAGCUGAUGUACAAACCACUGGCUGUAGAGUGGGGAGAGAGGAGCAGGGAUGACGAAUGUGAACGCAUCAUUGCUGGCAUUGACCAGGAAAUUGCAGCUCCCUUCUCUGGGCCUGUGGACCUCAUCCAGUAUCCCUCUUACUGCACUGUCAUCGCCUACCCCACUGAUCUGGGCACCAUCAGAAUGCGACUCGUAAACAGAUUCUACAGACGCCUCUCCGCUUUAAUUUGGGACAUCAGAUACAUUGCACAUAAUGCCCGCACUUUCAACGAGCCAAGGAGCAAAAUUGCCCACUCUGCAAAAAUAAUCUCCAGUGUCCUCCAGAAAUUUGUCAAUGAUUCAAGCUGCACUGAUAUUAUGGAAAUUUACAAUGCCGUUGAGGAAAUGGAUGAUGACGAGGAAGAGGAGACAGAGGUACCUGGACCGUCCACUGGACACAGGCUACGUCAGCGCACGGUGGAGGUGUUGCCAGACAGAGAUGCCUGGAAAGAUCAGUGCAAAAGUCUGCUCAACUACAUAUUUGAGUGUGAAGACUCGGAGCAGUUCAGGCAGCCUGUGGAUCCUGAGGUCUACCCAGACUACCAUGACAUCAUUGAUACACCAAUGGACUUUGGAACAGUGAAAAGGACCCUGGAGGAAGAACGCUAUGACAACCCAAUAGAGUUGUGCAAAGACAUUCGGUUAAUAUUUGCCAAUGCUAAAGCCUAUACACCAAAUAAACGUUCCAAGAUUUACAGUAUGACCUUGCGGCUCUCUGCCUUCUUUGAAGAGCGAAUCAGAACAAUCAUAUCUGACUACAAAACAGCUGUCAAGAGCAGUGACAGACUCCGUCGCAGUCAGAGGUUCAGAAAGAAAAUGCAGCUGCAGCAGCAGCAUUAUCAGCCUUCCACUUCAACAAGUCAAAUGAAGGCUCCCAUCAAAACUCAGGAAAAAGUCGAGUCGAUGUCAGUGACCAAGUCUACCUCAGCCGAAGUGUCUGUUGCAGAGACGGCCAGGAGGCGUCAAAGCAGCAGGUCAAACCACAGCUCCUCGGAGGAGAACUCCGGCUCCAAAGCUGCUUCAUCAACAUCAGAGUCUGACAGUGACAGCGAGCAGCCGUUGAGUGAGUCGGAAGGGGAACGCCAUCGCAACUCAUCCAUCAACCAUCGUCGCCAAGACAAAGGAAGAGUUAGAAGAAAUAAUUGUGCCAAUCAGAAGAAAAAAGCUGAGAGUCACCGUGUAGAGGAAGAACUGGACAGUGAAGAUGACGAGCAAGAGGGUGGGGAAGGGUCGUCCCAGUCUUCAUUUCGCCGAUACCCCAGCAGGAGUAAAAACAACAGAAGCAUGCGGCUAACCAGAAAUAGUGCUGCCACACGUAAAAAAAGAACAGAGUGCAGAGCAGAAGUGAACGGUUACAGCACUCGGCCAUCUGGCAGGGAGAGAGGUCACUACAGGAACUCUGACCAGGAAGAUGAAGAGGAAAUGGUGGUUCGACGGUCACUCAAAAGAAAGACGGCAAGGGCAGCUGUUAAUAAAAUCAAACUCCUUGAAGCAUCAGAUGAUGAAUAUGAGGAAGAUGAUGAGCAGCAGACACGGAGCAGCAACCGCCUCCGCCACACAGCUCGAGGCAGCAAGCGUACAACAGUGAUCAAGAGCAGCUCAGACUCUGAUGAAGAGCUUUCAACACCAGACUCUCAGAAUACACAAGAAACAUCUGAUAAAUCAAAGAAUGAGGAGAGCAAAGACAGCGAUGCCUGGUGCUCCUCUCACAAUCAGCAGAAUGGAGUUACAAGGUCCACCAGACAGAGGACAAGAAAGGUUGUCAAGACUCAGGAAAAGGAUUCUUUGCCACAUGUGAAUGGCCGGAAUUUGAAGCCUCAUAUAUCUGAUACUAGCGACUCUGAGCAGGAGCAAGCUGUGGAGAGUUGUGGAGAAGCUGAGGAGGAAAUUAAAGGGUCUGAACGGGCAGCUGCAUCUCAGAAAUCCACCAAGAGAAGAGUGUCCCCUACAAACAAGAAAAAUAGCAUUACAACUGACAAGGAAGAGGAAGCAGCCGAGGACACUGCACGCAGGACCAAGCCUGCUGUAAGCUCUGAUGAAGAAGAUUACAGUUCUCGUAAACGCCCACAUCAGAAUGGAAGAAAUACAGAGGAAAAAUGCCAAAAGGACUCCAGGAAAAAAAACAAAGUUUCAUUGAAAAAACAAAAAUCUGCCUCAGAAUCUGAGGAACAUAGUAACAUUCCAAAGCGCACAAACCUGCGCAACAAAAAAGCUGAAGAAAAUGACAUAGAAAGCAACCACUCCAAUGAGGAGUUUGACACAAAGAAGCAAACGCGAAACAAAUCUAUGCGCCGCUGUGGCAUCACGUCGGAGUCCGAGAGUUCUGAGCAGGAAUACAAACCCAAGAAGAGGUCAUGGAGAAAUCACUCUACUGGCUCAUCAGAUAAAGAAUCAGAGAGGUCUGACAAUACAGCAGACAGAAGGCCACGCCUCCGAGCCCUACCAAAAAAGAAAUAUGUCAGUGACAACUCUGCCUCUGAGGACGACUUUGUCUGUGAGAGCCAGAGUAAACAGAGAAAUGGUUACAGCAAAACGGCUUCUGCCUCAAAGGAAGAGUCAGAAAGAGCAUCUCUUCAAACCAAGAAUCGGUUGUCUUCCAAGAGAAAGCGUAUUUACACCUCAGACUCAGAAGAUGAGGAUGGACAAGAAGCACCAGUGUCCCAAAUCAAUAAAAACAGUAGAUCUGGCUGCUCCAAGCAUCCCACAAGGGAAUGUCAAUCCAAUACAAAGCAGGAAAAUGGAAAUAACCAUGAAGAAGAUGCCCUGUCCCAGUCUGGAUCUAGCGAAGAGGAGGAACGGGUCAGUCACACAAGGAGAGGAAAGAUGAAUGUGAAGAUAAAAAAACCUAAACAAACAGAAAGCUACAGCAGUAGCAAUCACAGUUCCUCUUCACAAAGUGAGCAGUCAUCUUCAUUUUCUGAUAACUCUUUUGCUAGCUCAGGGUCACACAGUAGUCCAAAGAGGAGGUGCCACAAACUGUCCAGACGUGGUGAAAGGACUGCUACCCACCAACUAAGGAAACGCCGCCGGCAGGAAACUUCAGAGGGAGUGGACAGUGACGAAUCAACCAGCAGAUGGAGGCGAAACACACGUGUCAACACGCGGAACCAGGGAAAGCGGACAGUAAUGUAUCACGACAGUGAAUGAAGGACUUGCGGCUGCAGGCUUGAGUGAAUGAAGAGACAGUAACUGGAGACCCAACAGACACUUGAUGGCCAUGUUAUGGUAGUAGCACUGGAGUCCUCGUGAGACAAUGCUGUGAAUCUUUCAUUCAGGGAUAUUUAUAUUUUCUAUGAAAUAAACAAAA